GAGAGAAAAUGGCCUCCAUCUACGCCAGUGGUAAGGUCGUGUCUCGUCGCCAACGCAGGAAGUACGGAGAGAUCCGCACUGCUUUCCUCGUGGGACCGGUCAUCAUGGCCGUGGUGGGGAACGUGAUCGGCUUCCGGACACUGCCGUCCCGCAUCGAAAUGCCGCUGGAAGAGGUUGGACAUACCCAUACUGAAAGGGAAGCGCCCGAACUAGACCUGUGGCUGUGGGCACUGCUGACGUUCCCGGGAGUCAUCGGCGUGGUACUAUUCUGCUGCGGAUACUUCUACGUGGCAAACUUGCAGCGCCACGAGAAUGGGUGGCACACGCCCGAUGAUCACGCAAACGACCACGCCUCGCACGGCCAUCGCGCGACCUUUCGUCAUCCCAAGAAGGGAAAGUACCUGUUCCUCAUCUACCUCGCCACGUACAGUGUCAUUCUCGCCUAUGUAGAGGUCCUGAAUCUGCACGCAACGCCUGUGUGGACCCUGGCGACGCUGGUCGUGGUAGCAUCCAGUGUGUCGCAGCAGUUCGGCGAUCGCCACGCCUUCGAGCGACACCAUCUGUUCGAAAACGCAUCACCUUGCAACCGACUAAACGAACAUCGAAGUGACCAUGUUUGUUCGCUGUUCUCUUUGCGUCCUCCCUCUCUGUGUGUGCAGGAAGGCCGGCUGGUGGAGCGCCUGUUCGAGCUGGUGAGCCGAAGCUUCUGGCGCAACAACUCGCGCGUCACCAACCAGUUGCUGCUCACCGGCCUCUCUAGCGUGCUUGCCGAGGCCGUGGGCGUGGCGCCGCUGUGUCGACUCCUGAUGCCCAUAAUCGUCACCAUCGCCUCGGAGUCAAGCACGCGCCUGCUGUACUACUUAGUUCCGGUGUCCGUGGCGCUGUCCAGCAACAUGCUGAGUCCGGUGUCACUGCCGCUCGCCUUGCUGCAUGGUGCGUGCAACAUUUCCAUGCAGCAGCUGGCAUUUGUAGGCUUGGCCGGCAAGUCCAUCUUGUUGGCGAUGGUGCUGCUGUCGGUCAACACGACGGGCAGCUACUUCUUCAGGUGGAACGACCCGUCCAUCCCGUCGCACCCCAUUAACCUGUCCGUGGCAGUCUUAAAUCCCGGGCCGUGUGCAUAGACCGCCAUUCUAUUUCCCCUGGCUAAGAAGCCCCAGGCGAAUCGACGUGCUACCAGUACUUUGAAGUUGGCUUCCUUGUGCAAAAAGAACUGUAGAUGUUUACAAGGACAUCUGCGCAAGUUCGUCUUCACUUUCGUCGUGGUGGCGCUUGGAUGACGUCGAUUGUCACCGAGGCUCCCUUUUGCAGCGCGAAUA